AUGGCCAGGAUGAGAUUCUCAGAUUGUCCUCCACUUGGUCUAGAGACAUUAAAAAUUACUGACUUCCAGCUCCAUGCCUCUACAGCAAAGCGAUAUGGCCUUGGGGCCCACAGAGGAAGGCUUAAUAUUCAGGCAGGUGUUAACGAAAAUGAUUUUUAUGAUGGUGCUUGGUGUGCGGGAAGAAAUGACCCAUAUCAAUGGAUUGAAGUAGAUGCUCGAAGGCUAACAAAAUUCACUGGAGUCAUCACACAAGGAAGAAACUCUCUCUGGUCCACUGAUGAAAUUUGUGAGGAAUCACGUAAGCAGCACUUUGUGCUAGAGCAUGAUGAACUAGAGAUUUUUGAAGGGAACAGUGAGAAAGAGAUCCCAGUUCUCAACAUGCUGCCGGUGCCCCUGGUUGCACGCUACAUCCGUAUAAACCCCCGGUCCUGGUUCGAAGAAGGUAGCAUCUGUAUGAGACUGGAAAUCUUAGGGUGUCCUUUGCCAGUGUUAACAUUUGUCACCCUGCAGCUUCACGAGGCUGUAUCAGUGGGUGAAGGUGCCACCGAGUUGAUGAAAACUGUGAAUAAAAUGUGCCCGAAUAUCACAAGAAUUUACAAUAUUGGAAAAAGCAACCAAGGAUUAAAGCUGUAUGCUGUCGAGAUUUCUGACAACCCAGGAGAACACGAAGUUGGUGAACCUGAAUUUCGGUACAUUGCGGGAGCCCAUGGGAAUGAAGUACUUGGACGUGAACUAAUCCUUUUGUUAAUGCAGUUUAUGUGCCAGGAAUACCUGGCUGGGAACCCACGUAUUGUUCAUCUCAUUGAGGACACCAGAAUCCACCUCCUGCCCUCAGUCAACCCAGAUGGCUAUGACAAGGCAUAUAAAGCGGGUUCAGAAUUAGGGGGCUGGUCUUUAGGACGAUGGACUCAGGACGGCAUUGACAUCAACAAUAAUUUCCCUGAUUUAAACUCCUUGCUCUGGGAGUCAGAAGAUCAAAAGAAGAGUAAAAGAAAAGUUCCAAACCAUCAUAUCCCGAUCCCCGACUGGUACCUGUCCGAAAACGCCACCGUGGCAGUUGAGACGCGUGCGAUCAUAGCAUGGAUGGAAAAAAUCCCUUUUGUGCUGGGUGGCAAUUUGCAGGGAGGAGAGCUGGUGGUGGCAUACCCCUACGAUAUGGUGCGAUCGAUGUGGAAAACCCAGGAUUACACACCUACCCCAGAUGACCACGUCUUUCGCUGGCUUGCGUAUUCCUACGCCUCCACGCACCGGCUGAUGACAGAUGCACGAAGGAGAGCGUGUCACACAGAGGAUUUCCAAAAGGAGGACGGCACUGUUAACGGAGCAUCCUGGCAUACCGUGGCUGGAAGCUCGGAACCAGGCACUCUGCUGAUUCAUCACAAUUCUGCUCAAAUCUUUGUUUUUUAUAAGUACAUCAGUUCGACAACGUAUUGUAUAAAAUCAAGGACUGAGCUGUGUGUCUGUCAUCACUUGAAUGACGACGGGCACAACUGCAGCAGUAAUGGCAAACAGAUGCGAGUGUCUGUGCAGACCGUGUUUUAUUGGAGCGGGCUCACGGUUGUCCAUCGGGGCAUCAAAGGCAUAGUAAAAGAUGUGCAUGGAAAGGGAAUCCCAAAUGCUGUUAUUUCAGUAGAAGGUGUUAAUCAUGAUAUUCGAACAGAAAAGCCAGCAGAUACUGUAGAGUCCAAGGAGAGUGUUGCAGAAGGAGUGGCAGAUUAG